UCUUUCGAGCUUGGAGGUGAUAUCUGUUUUUAACCCAAACUUUCCCUGAAGUCUUUCUAGAAUCAAGGCCGGAAAAAGUUUACAAGUCACACCUUUUCACAGUCAGUUUUAUAUGAUUUUCUGUCAAGGGCAAAGCACUUCCAGCCAAUAAUGUCUUCAAGCCCUGAGCCUGGCAUGGGGCAGGAUUUCACAAGACAAGAGCUCUCUGGGUUAGGUGGCCUGUCGGACGGAGCCGAGCCCCCAGUUCCGCUUUGCAGCGCUGUCAUGCUGCCCAAAGUCGAGACGGAAUCUCUGGGACUCGCUCGAUCGCAUGGGGAACAGGGACACAUGCCAGAAAACAUGCAAGCUCCUCAGUUUAAAAUGAUGGACUACUCCUAUGAUGAAGACCUCGAUGAGCUCUGUCCUGUGUGUGGAGAUAAGGUGUCAGGGUACCACUAUGGUCUUCUUACCUGUGAGAGCUGCAAGGGUUUCUUCAAGCGCACAGUUCAGAAUAAUAAAAGGUACACAUGUAUAGAAAAUCAGAGCUGCCAGAUUGACAAAACACAGAGGAAACGGUGUCCCUACUGUCGGUUUCAAAAAUGUCUCACUGUUGGCAUGAAACUGGAAGCUGUAAGGGCAGACCGCAUGCGAGGUGGUCGCAACAAGUUUGGCCCGAUGUACAAGCGGGACAGGGCAUUGAAACAACAGAAGAAGGCCCUGAUCAGAGCCAAUGGACUUAAAAUAGAAGCCAUGACUCAGGUGAUGCAGACUGUGCCAACAGACCUGACAAUAUCUUCGGCCAUUCAGAACAUCCACUCUGCCUCCAAAGGCCUACCUCUAAGCCACACUGCCUUGCCCCCAGCAGACUAUGACCGAAGCCCCUUUGUGACAUCUCCUAUCAGCAUGACCAUGCCACCUCAUGGGAGUCUCCAGAGCUACCAGGCAUACAGUCACUUUCAGAGUCGCACCAUCAAAUCUGAGUACCCAGACCCUUACACGAGCUCUCCAGAGUCUCUCAUGGGCUACUCUUAUAUGGACACCUACCAAACCAGCUCUCCUCCCAGUUUUCCCCACUUGAUAGUGGAACUUUUAAAGUGUGAGCCAGAUGAGCCACAGGUGCAGGCCAAGAUACUGGCCUACCUGCAGCAGGAACAAGCCAGCAGAGGCAAGCACGAGAAACUCAACACCUUUGGUCUUAUGUGCAAAAUGGCAGACCAGACUUUGUUUUCCAUUGUCGAAUGGGCUCGGAGCAGCAUAUUCUUCAGAGAGUUGAAGGUUGAUGACCAAAUGAAGCUUCUUCAGAACUGCUGGAGUGAACUCUUAAUUUUAGACCACAUUUUCAGACAAGUGGUACAUGGAAAGGAGGGCUCCGUCCUUCUGGUUACUGGGCAACAGGUGGAUUAUUCCAUAAUUGCUUCCCAAGCUGGAGCUACACUGAAUAAUCUUAUGAGCCACGCACAAGAGCUUGUGGGCAAACUACGUUCCUUACAGUUUGAUCAGCGGGAAUUUGUGUGUCUGAAGUUCUUAGUACUCUUCAGUCUCGACGUAAAGAAUCUGGAGAACUUCCACCUGGUGGAAAGUGUUCAGGAGCAGGUCAAUGCAGCUCUGCUGGACUAUAUCAUGUGUAACUACCCUCAGCAAACAGACAAAUUCGGACAGCUCCUGCUGAGGCUCCCAGAAAUCCGUGCCAUCAGCAUGCAGGCUGAAGAGUACCUCUACUACAAACAUCUAAAUGGAGACGUGCCCUGCAACAACCUGCUGAUCGAGAUGCUGCAUGCCAAGCGGGCCUGAAUUACUGGAGGAUUUCUCCAGACCCUCUGGCUUAGACCACCUCCACCUACAGGCCCUGUACACAUACAGUACAUCCUCCCCAAGACCGUACUCUGAUAUAACUCCUCUCCACCCCAGCAGCUGGGACUUUGAUCAGCCAGAGCAAUUUUUUUUUUCUUCAUUUGUUUUCUUUUUCCUCUUUUUUUGGAGAUGUUACAGACUUUGAGAUUUAUUGUGGAACACUGGUUGUCAGGGUAUCAACCAGUUUGAUGAACAUGGUGGAUGAGCUGUAAAAGAGACUCCAAAAACUUAAGAGCUUAUUUGACACAAAGUGAUGUAACAAAACGUAGACUCAUACUGAAGAACAAACAAACCAAGGGAAUUGUGCACUUAUUAAGGAGGAGACCAUUGUGCAAGUUAGAAAACACCCCUCAUGCUUAUGUAAAGGCAUGUAGGACUCUGGUGGCAAAGCAUUUUUGUAAGUAUUGAAGUGACUCAACACAUUCUUGAUAUUGGUACUGUAUCUGAUAGAAGCUCCAAAGGCUGUAUGCACCACAUGAGGCUGUUUCAUUUCCCAUUUUCUUCUUUCAAUGCACAAGAGUUUUAGAACCUCAAGAGAUCCAACAGAAACUUGCAAGGACAGAUUGUAAUAUGACAGAAAAACCUACUGUGAGCCCUAUACAGACUUUUUUCCAGCCACCCAUCCUCCACCCACCCCUACACAAAAGAAAUCCCACCCAUUUCCUUAAAAGGGCAGCAUUUCUUCUUCCUGCACGUUCUAACAUAUAUUUUUACAAUCAUCCUGUCUCCUAAUGAGCAAACUAGGAACUAACCUAAUUAGUAACCUCUUUAAGUUACUGUGUGCAUUAUAGCUGUGUUUGUUUGCAAAGUCUUCACUUUAGUGGAAAGUUUAUAAAAAAUAAAUAAAGCACCGCUAAUAGGGCAUUUGUGACACUGUAGCACCUGCUUAUUUUAGAAAAUCAAGACCAUGUUUUGUUAUGUACUUUGUUAUGGGAAAAGCUUAAGUAAAAGGGAAGAUAAAUAAGUAAAAAGCCUAUAGAAACUACCCAAUACCUCCGAAAUGAGACAUUUCAUAUUCUGACUGCAAAAACUUACUAUCCAACAUGUUAUUGUGACAGGAAGGAGAAACACUGCCGCUGUCAGUACUAGACCAAAGCCUGCUGCAGAACAAAGUGUGGUGAUAAAAAAACAAACCUUAAAUAUCAGUAUUAUAAAUUUGUGAUGUCACAGUUACGUGAGUCUUGCCUUAUUUCAUUAUCAUGCUAGCUAACUGUGCAGAUGUGAAAUAUGUUAAAAAUAUAUAAAGUAUUAAUGUUGUAAAAUUCAAAAGAUGCAAAAGGUGUUUACAUUUAUUAGGUCCUGUGGGAGAGAACUGUGAUGAAGCAAAUUGCAAAGCAAUGAUUUCCUUAGAUUUCUCUUCUGGUUGUUUCCUUUGGUUCAUUUUUUUUUCAACCAGUACUUAAUAAUGUCGUGAGACACUAAAAUCAAAAUGGGAAUCUCACUUAAACCUUUAAUUUGUAGAUAGAUGCAUUGGCCUUGUGAUCACUUUUAGAGAUUGUAUAAAGUUAUUUUCAGUUUCUGCUAUAAAAGUUUUUGUAGGACUGUUUGCUUUUGUUAUAUUAAUAGUUUUAGGUAAUGUUGUAUAUUACUGUUUCACCUCUAAACAAUUAAGAUAAUUUAUUGCUUCUUGGUUUCAUCCUUGUGUAUGAUAGAACAAGGAGUAUCAAAGCCAAAUAUAUUUGUUUACUGUAGCAUGUUUAAAAACUAGUGUUGAAAUGCAGUUCAGGGACAAAACAAUGAUCUUAAAAUUAUCACAGUUAAUUUGAUUAAGUAUAUAUGGAUCUUGCAACUGUAAAGUUAAAAAGGUAUAGUAUCUAAAUCUAUUGUAAAUGAUGCAGCAGUUGCAACUGUUUUCUACACUCAAUUUAAGAUGACUUAAUUGUAGCAUUGCAGACAUGUCCUGCGUAUUGUAUAUUCUAUACCAAAGACUUGUCAAUUAUAUUUUCUCUAGUUUCAGGUUCUCACAAUGGAACACAACACUAAACACCACAAAUUCCCAUGGCAGGUAAUUCAAACCUUGUGAAGGUGCAGGACAAUGAAGUCUGGAUGUGUACUCCCAGAUGUCAAUUUAAAAAUGAAACUCUGUAGUUACCGUUUUACAUAAUAUUGUGAAACCUUUUCUUUUCGGUCUUAUCAGGUUGAUAACGUAAUCUCACAUUUCCCAGUGAAACAACCUACAUAAUGGAAGGAUAUAAUUCCCAAAUCAAAGUCCAUUGUUAUCUACUUCAAACUGUGUUUUUGUAAUGCUCUGUGGAUGUUUACAUGGAGUUUUACACUCUACAUGGAGUUUAACAAAUCUCUAUCCAUGAACAUUACAUAACUUUCUACAGCAAUUGGUGAGGGUAGGCAAAAAGUUUUGUGUGACAAAUUCAAAAGUCAAAUCAGAUUAUUAGCAUUGUACACACCUGUCAUUUUCAUUUAUUUCCAUACCCUGUUGUCAUUUAAUAAAAGAAACCCUUCUACAAAUAAAACUCAUGGUAUGUAUUAUCAUAAUUCUUAUAGUAGCAGUGCCAUCCAAUGGUGGUUUUCAACUCAUGAUAAAAUGUUCCCUUCAUUUGGAAGAACAAAUUUCCAUCUGGGCAGGAUAAGAAAAAUUUAAAAAUGCUAAAUCUUUGGCUUUAGUUGAUUAUUGUGACUUAAUUUUUUUCUAUCUUUGUGUGUGAACCGACAAUCUGUAUUGUCCCCAUGUUCUGUGUUACAAAUGUUCUGCAGCUGCCUUGGAUAUCAAACAUUCACCUCCUCUUCAGUGUGGAGAUUCUCAUUUCAAUUCAACAGCUCUGCUGCAGGAAUGACACAUUGUCAUGUCAUUUCUUGCUAAGAGUUUCUUUACACUGUUGGAAUUUUUCCUCAUAUUUCAAUAAAUAAUUAUAUGCCAA